GCCAAUGAGCGGCGUCAUGCAGAUGAGGCGGUGACAGCGCCGGAGCCGCAGCCGCCCGGGCGCAUCGGGGCCGCUUCGGCCGAGGAGCCGCACGAUGAUGCGGCCGUUCUCGUUCCCCGCCAGCCCGGAGCGGAGCCGGCUGCGCGGCUGGCUGGAGGGCACCGUGGCCGGCCUGUGCGAGCUGCAGCUGCUGCGGGAGCGCCAGGAGCGCCGGGUCCGGUGGGCGCUGCGCCUGGCCGCCCAGUCCCCCGCCGAGCACGGCGAGCCGGAGGCGGAGGAGCAGUUGGAGGAUACCUGGUUGAACCUCAUCUUAGCCCCAAAGUCACGAAGUAGCACACGCAAAACUGCCUUAUUCAGAAUCAGACUGGCAGCAGCUUUCUGAGAUCCCAGGUAUUGUCUACUCCGACUGGCAGCAGCUGUCCAGGAUCUCUGG